AUAACUGGAAAAAUGCAAAAUGAACGGUUUAUUGUUAAAUAUGUGUCAGUGAAAAAUUGUUUCCUGCUGUUGCCGAGUUCCUGGCACCGUAAAUUAUCCUCUAAGGUGGGCGUAAUAAAACUGUCAAACGAAGGAAAAGAAUUCUAUUUUUCUCCUUUUCAAUCACAGUCCAGUCCAGCUGACUUUCUGUGCAUAAGUGCAACGUUUGGAAAAUGUUUACAAAUAAAAGAGGGGGCAGAGGUCAGUGUUUCGUAUAUUUCUGAUCCACCUGCACUGACAAACGUUAAUGUACGACCUGUCAACUCUGAGGACUGGCAGAUUGUUAAUCUGCAAGCUGAUAAAAUUCAGUCGACACUACUAGACCAAAUAAAUAUCGUGGCUUCAGGACAACCAAUUGUCGUGUGGCUUUCCAAGUACCUGAGUGUUACUCUACUUGUUGAGUCAAUCUCUCCCCCCUUUCUAUACGGAAAACUCGAGAAUUACACGGAAGUUCACGUUCAGAACGCGAGGGAACAUAAAACGCCUGGUGAUACAAUUAAAAAAGAAAUUACGUCGCACUCAUGUCCUAAAGAAACCGAAACAGAUUGCGAGGUUUUUCUGAAGAGCCGGAGGUGUCAGAAGCUCCCCGAGCUAUUCCGUAUUUGUUUAGUGUCAUUAGACGAAAAAUACAGAGUGAGUGAGGGCAUCUUAGAGCCUGAAAUAUCGUCGCCCCACAAUAUUUUCGUGUUCUCGAACCGAUUGCGCGAAUUAUUCCCCGAGAGGGAGAAUUUCUUGAUGAUUUACGGGAAGAUCAGGAGUGUCUUCACUGAAAAGCAGAGCAGCAAUUUGAAUUUCACCCCGAAUAAUCCAAGAAAUAGUCCCUCUGACCCGGAGAUUAUCGUGAGUCUCUCACCGGUUGAAGAUUUCUUCAAUGAAGAAUUCACCGGAACGAAUGUGGACGACAGGAACAUCUGGAUCUCGGAGAGUCUGAGGAGCUACUCCCACCUCCACUUGGGUUCAAAAGUCCACAUAGAGCCUCUGACCAACGUCGACACCCUAAUUACCUCUUUAGAACUCCUCUCCCCUUCGAAUUCCGACGAAAAAACCCUAGAAACUAAUUUCCGAAAUUACGUACACCACCAUUCCCCCAAAAACGAUUUAAUCCUCUCCCAAAACUCGCGAAUUCCGCUCGGAGAGGUAAAAUCUCGGAUAAAACUCCACCCGGAGGACAUACCUCACGUUCUGCUGAACGCACAAAAGCUGAAAACCCUAAAAAUCGAGAUAACUGAAGACGAAAAUCCUCAAUUGAAUGAAGAAACCCCCGAGAGGAAUUUCCCUCCCCAAGAAGUCUACGAAACUCCGUUCAAAAAAAUCCUCGAAGACUCGCUAAAAAUCCUUGAGAUGAGCCUGGCCCCCCAGGAGUACCCAUUCCCCCGCGAGAACAUACUGCUCUGCGGGGACAUCGGCACAGGCAAGACGACUCUCCUCAACUGCCUCCAGCAGAAGACGGAGAGCCCUCCGAACUUCCUGCACACAAUAUUCGUCGACUGUAAAAAGCUGAAGGGCAAGAAAGUGGACGCAGUUUCCAAGUUCUUCGGCUCGACGCUGCGCGACUGCGUGUGCUACCAGCCCUCGGUGUUACUCCUGGACAAUUUAGACAGCAUCACGAGUUACCCGAGUGACAACGAGGAGAAUUCCCCGGACGCGCUGAACGCCACGAGAAUUUCAGAAAACUUGAACAGUCUUUUCGCGCUUUACCAGUCCUCCCAUUUUAUUUCCGUCGUGGCCUCCAGCAGUCGGCUGGAGAAACUGGGGGCUGGACUGCGGCCCUCACGAGGGGUCCACGUCUUCCAGACGAUUUUAGAUCUCCCGAGCCUCUCAGCGGAGGAGAGAGUGGAGUUUUUGAAGUUCAAAUUGCGGGGGAAAGCGGAAAUUUCGGAGGGAAUUGAUUGGGAGUUUUAUUCGGGGAAAACUGAGGGCUGGGUGUUCCAGGAUCUUGCGGAUUUAUGCGAGAAGUCAGUGUUUAUCGCCUGGAGGCGGCGAGGGUGUCCAGUCCUUCUGGAGAACGGGGAUUUGUCGGAGGCCCUCGACGGGAUCAAGCCGUUGUCUCUCUAUGGGGUCGCGCUCUUCUCCGGCGAGGGGAGCGGCUGGGGGGACAUCGGGGGCCUCGAGGAGGUCAAGGAGACCCUCAGGCAGAUGCUCCAGUGGCCCCUGAUGUACCCGGGACUGUUCGCGAAGGCGCCUGUGAGGCACCAGAGUGGGAUUCUGCUGUAUGGAAUGCCCGGGACUGGGAAGACUUUGCUCGCGGGUGCCAUUGCGAAGGAGUGUGGACUGAAUUUUAUUAAUAUCAAGGGGCCGGAGCUGCUGUCGAAGUACAUCGGGGCCAGCGAGGAGGCUGUGAGGAGUGUCUUCGAGAAGGCGCGGAGGAUCAGGCCUUGCAUCGUGUUUUUUGAUGAAUUCGAGAGUUUAGCGCCGAGACGAGGCCAUGACUCCACCGGUGUAACAGACCGAGUGGUAAAUCAACUUUUGACCCAAUUCGAUGGUGUCGAGGGUCGCGAAGGAGUUGCUAUCGUGGCAGCCUCAUCGAGGCCCGAUCUCUUGGAUCCGGCAUUACUCAGGCCGGGUCGUCUUGACAAAUCGUUACUCUGUCCACUUCCGGAUGAGCAAACAAGGGCGACAAUCCUUGAUACCUUGUGCAAACGUCAGGCCAUCGAUGUGGAAGAUCUUGACCUCAUGACAUUGGCAAAAAUGACGAGUGGUUUUACUGGAGCCGAUCUCAAUGCUGUUAUCACACAGGCUCGGUUGGAUGCUGUGGAGGGGCAUUUGGAAAAAUCUUGUAGCUUGGAGGGGAUGAGGAUCACUCAGGACAUGUUGAUUCGAUCGCUGGAGGACACUCAACCGUCUCUGACGACUGGGGAAAUUAACAAAUUUAAUAGGAUAUACAAUCGAUUUCUGGAGGGAGAGAAUGCUCCAGAAGGUCUGGGGAAGAAUCAAAAAGCCACGCUAGCUUGAACAGGUUUACACUAGUGAUCUUGUACUUGAGACUAAUUAAUGGGGUUUAACGGAAUAGAAAUGUAAUAACUAGAGAGGGGGAGAAGAGAGCUCACUGAAAUCUCAUCAGACGGAUUAAUUAACGCCAGCAGAUGAAUAAAAUCCGUGUUUACCUCAUUUUACUGUCAUAUAUUGGUUUAUUUUUUUAAUAAACUUUUGAAUACAUAA